UGCCAAAAAAAAGAAGAAAAACUCAACCCCCAAAUUGAAGGGGAAAAAAAAGAAGAAAAAAGCACUUUAGGAAACGCAGGUUUUGGUUCGAUUGUUUUGUGCAGAGUGCAAAAUCAGUGAAACCACCAUGCUUCGUAGCUUGACGAAACUUCGUUGUUUCGCCGCCGUUCAAUCACGCCAAGUUCUAUCACCUCCCUCUUCUCGCCGUCUCCUCCACCACUCGCCGCCGCCGCAACCGCUUCACUCCGCUUCCAAUUUCCGCAUUUCUCGUCCUUCCUUCAUUUCCUCCUCAUGGCCUCUCCACGCAUCUCAUCCUUCCCCUUCCUUGGUUCAAGUGCGACAUGCUUCGUCCAAGGAGAGAAAGCGAAAGCCGGUGCCUCCAACCGUUUCCAAGGUUAAGAAAACCAAAAUGAAAUCUUAUUCGUCUUUCAAGUCCAGAUUCAGAACAAUGAAUGAUGGGAACAUCAGGCGCUGGAAGGAGGGCAAGCGUCACAAUGCUCAUCUCAAGUCAAAGAAAUCAAAACGUAGGUUGAGGAAACCUGGUAUUGUCCCAGUGGCUUAUGCCAAAGUAAUGAAGAAGCUCAAUUUUUCUGCUUAGACAUUGUAAGUUGUUGCUGGCUACAGCAUGAAAGAGGAUCGAUCAGGAUAUGCAUAUUAACUCUGAUCAUUUGUUCAUUUUCACAUUUUAGAAUCUGUAGAACGAGCAAAUUACCGAGCAAUUUCUUAUUUGUUUGUUUGAAACAGUUAGAAUUGAUAAUAUUUGGAGGUCAUGCCUAUUCAAAGUGGCAUGUUUUAGUGGACAACGUGUGCAAUAUUGUUAACAUCCCGUGGCUGAUUGAUCCUUUCUUGUGAUACAUUGGAUUUGUCUUCAGUUUUGAUAAAAUGUCGGAGUAAUAAGGGAUUAAUUAAGCCUAA